AUGGCGGCAUCUCGACUCAUCACGGAGGAGCUCGUAGCGCUCUUUGUCCAGAGAAUCUCCGCGUUUGAAAACGCCACAAACGCCGAGCUGGAGUUUAUCGAGGUGGCCAAAAACUUUGAGAGCGUCAGGAAGCGUUGGCUGCACGCCGAGACGGAGCUCAAAAAGUACAAGGAGUUGCUGGUCAAGUCGGACGUGGCCAAAGCGGCGCUGGAGGUCAAACUCAAGCAUGCCCGCAACCAGCUGGAUGUGGAGAUGAGGAAACGCUGCAAGGUGGAAAACGACUAUCAGUACCUGCAGAAGCAGAUGCAACUCAUGUGCGACAUCCUCGUUCACGACAGCAAGUCCGGCGCGUGUUUGAACGCAGAGCAGAAAUCCCUCUUGGCCGCAUUUGAACACAAAGGCGCAAAUAAGUCUUUGCGCCGCAGCGGCAAACGGUUGUCCGCCAUCGACGAGUCAUCCUUCUGUUGGCACUCCGACAUCAGCUACGAUCGCACGGACGACGAUGUGGCGGCGGACUCGGAGGUGGCUAGCUUAACUCGCCGCUUUCAGUGCUCGGACGCGACGUCGAUGAAACCUCUGCGCUCGCGAGCCCGAGAGAGGAGGCGGUCGUCGAUGGGUCUGCCGCUUGCCGCGCCCGUAACGAAGACGGACCAGAUUGUUUCCACUUGGCCGCAGGAGCCAAAAAUUGUGGAGAAGACUGAUGAGACCGCUGUCAAGGAACAAUUCACGACCCCCGAGACCGAAGAUCACGGCCACGCGGCGGUCGGAACUCUGCGGGACACGCCUGAGGCAAAAGACGCCAGAGAUGACGGCGGAGCGGAGAAGGAGAAAUGUCAGACUCACGUCUUUCUCUCCAAAACUGUGAUCCGGCCCGAGGUGUGCUCGCCUUGCGGGAAGAGAAUCCGCUUUGGCAAGGUGGCGGUCAAGUGCAGAAACUGCCGCGUGGUUUGUCACACGGAGUGCAAAGUCCAAUGCGGCGCGAGGUGCGCCGUCGUCGGCGGUACCGGUCUUUCGGAGGCUUCCGGACGAUACGGGAGCGGCGGUUUUCGAGUCUCUGCUCAUCGAGCUUCGCUAGAGGGUUUGGCUCCCGCCGAACGUCCUAGGAUCCCCGCGCUCGUCGUCCAGUGCGUGAAAGAGAUCGAGAGGCGGGGCUUACAGGAGCGCGGCCUUUACAGAGUCCCCGGCGGCGAGCGUCAGAUAAAGGAGUUGCGCGACGGCUUCUUGGCCGCUAAAGCGCAGCUGCAGCUGAGUAGCGUUUCGGACAUCCACGUGGUUUGCGGCCUCCUGAAAGAUUUCCUCAGGAAGCUGAAAGAACCUCUGCUUACCUUCAAGCUCCACGGCGACUUUGCCGCCGCCGCGGAGAUGAGCGACGAGCGGAAGAGUUCCGCCGCCGUGAUGCGAGCCGUCGCGGAGCUUCCCGGGCCCAACAGAGACACGCUGGCCUUCCUCGUCCUGCAUUUCUACAAGGUGAUUCGAAGUCCUCGCUGUCAGAUGGACAAGAAUAAUAUCUCGCGAGUGUUUGGACCCACGCUCGUCGGACACGGACUGGCCGAGCCGUCGCCGUCGACCGUCGUGCGCGACGCAAACGCUCAGCCGAAGGUCAUUUACGGCUUGUUGUCACUCCCCGAAGACUACUGGAGGCAUCUCCUCGCCGUCCGGACGCCCUCGUCUCAAAAAGGCGCCGACGGAACACGAGGACCGGGUACGUUUGGCGCGAGUUGA